AUGCAAAAAAGUGCCUCGCAAGUUUCAAGCGCCUCCGACCCAAAACGCAAAACUCAACCUGAACAUCGUGUUACCACUGUCAACGGACCUUUCGCACAUGAAUCGGCCUUGUCGGACACCUCCGAACUCCGAACUACAAAUCUAUCUACUGCCUCCGUGGACAACUCCACCUUCACGCCUGCAGCGAGCCUCAUAACUAUGACGACGUUUGACAACACCCUCUGGCACAUUCAUGAUGCGCUGCCACCCACCACCCUCAUCAUCGCUGUCACAACCCCGGCGGCGACAACUACCAUCCCUGCCACUCUCACCAUCAGUAGGUAG